ACUAUGCCCUUUCGCUGUCAAAUACCCAAACGGUGCAUGGCUACACUGUCAUUCCUUGGGAUUUUCUUUGCAGCACUGUGUUUAAUUUUAUUACCAUCUCCCCUCCUUACCUCAUAAGCAAGCGAGCUGGUGGAAGUAGGAGGGAAGAAGUUCUAGGCAGGACAGUUGUACCAGAGGUGCCUGACUGCCUCGGCUGCCCUGGGCCGGGCACCUGUCAAGAGCUGGGAGCUCGGUUUUGCAGCCCUGUUGGCCCCGUGGCUCUGUGGUGCUGCAGGGGGGCAGUCUGUGUCUGCUCUGCGGGGCCUCUGCUCCCCAAAGCAGGCUCUUAUCGGGGAUGGGCAGGACUGAGCUGUUUUGGGAGAGUGGGGCCGGUUGAUUAGGAGUGUGGUGACCCCUCCCUUUGGCACCCAGCGUUGUGUUGCGAGCCUGAGGGAGAGACUCAGUAGCACAACAUGGAACAGUGGCUGAGCCAGCACAAUUCAGACCAGCACUGUCGCCUUCAGUGGUGUGCACGGACCUUGGGCUUUGAGAUAACUGAUGUCUGAGUUGCAGAGACCGAUGCCUCUGUCCCUGUCCAGCGCAGCUACGAGCUGUCUUCUUGCACACGGAGCACGAGCGGAGGAAGUCGAAGACCGUCACACAAGCCAACAUGAAGGUGGAAUUACUCCCAGCCCUCACAGACAACUACAUGUACCUGCUCAUUGAUGAAGAAACGAAGGAGGCUGCAAUAGUUGAUCCCGUGCAGCCCCAGAAGGUUUUGGAUGCAGUCAAAAAGCAUGGUGUGAAGCUGACCACCGUCCUGACCACACAUCAUCACUGGGACCAUGCUGGAGGAAAUGAGAAGCUCGUAAAGAUGGAGACGGGGUUGCGUGUGUAUGGGGGAGACAGCAGAGUAGGAGCACUGACGCAGAAAGUGUCUCACCUUACAUCGCUCAAGGUGGGAUCUCUUAAUGUGAAAUGCCUCUGUACGCCGUGUCACACUUCUGGACACAUCUGUUAUUAUGUGACUAAGCCAAAUAGCUCCGAGCCACCUGCUGUUUUUACAGGUGACACGCUGUUUGUGGCUGGUUGUGGGAAAUUCUUCGAGGGAACCCCGGAGGAAAUGUACAGAGCGCUGAUUGAGAUUUUGGGCAGCUUGGACCCCAAAACGAGAGUUUACUGCGGUCACGAAUACACAAUCAACAAUCUCAAGUUUGCUCGACACGUUGAACCCAAUAAUGUCGCUAUCCAGGAAAAGCUUGCGUGGGCCAAGGCAAAGUAUGACAGUGGUGAGCCAACCAUACCCUCCACCAUUGCAGAAGAGUUUACGUACAACCCCUUCAUGCGAGUGAGGGAGAAGACAGUCCAGCAGCAUGCUGGGGAGACCGACCCCAUCCGAACAAUGGGGGCCAUCAGAAAAGAGAAGGAUAACUUCCGAGUCCCGAAGGACUGAGCACUCUGCCUGGAUCACUUUAAUGUCAAUUUAAGUGUAAUUUAGAGCAUUCAGAUGUUUUAGGAGUUGAACCCUCUGUUGUGGUUGAGACAGUCAUAUUUAGGUUUUUAUUUUGUUUUAAUUAAGAAAAAAAAGCACUUUGCCCUUGUUGAGAUGUUCUACAGCAUAUUUAUAUUAUGAUGAAGAAUAUUUAUCCUUCUAUUGCUGGCUCUCAAACUGUCACGUGUGUCACAUGGAGAUCACUUUACAAGUGUUGAUAUGUGGCUCAGAGCCUGGGGUGGGGAAGGGUCAAACCUUGAGGUCUAGGAAAAAGCUCCUGUUAUUUUUGUAGGAGCCCGAUGUGAAUACAGACAGCGGGACUGGGGCCCGAGAUGUCUUCGUUUAACAGAGACAAAAUGCAGUAACUGCGCUGCCAGCUGAAGAUUUGAACUUUUCUUUCAUGCUGCUACUUAAAUGCUUCUGAGUCUGUUGCUUCUGGCUCCGCUAAAAGCAGUUCACCGUGACAGACCUGCUCUGCCACCGCCAGUCCGGGGCUUGGUUCGUGACAUACGCAGGGGGUCUGGCUCGGGGCGGCACGCGGGGGCUGUCCAGCUUCCCUCUUGAUGUUCCCCGUCAUGGACUGCAGGAACCGUUCCAGGCAGCACGCUGGCUUCGAGAUUGCACUGUUGCUUCUACCCUUUACUCUUAACCUCAGCCUGUUUGCAUGUACCUGCUUACUGCUCUUAAGUGUCAUCUGUAUGUGACUUGUAUUAGUACUGCACAAAUGAAGAAGGGAUUUGUCUGCUGGCUUGAAAUCCCGAGAAAAAACAUAGUGUCUAACUGCGUAUCUAACAGCUGAGCAGCGGCGAGGCUCCACCAACAGAUUCCUCGCUGCCGAUAGCCAGAACUGCUUUGUACCUUGCUGUGAGUAACGCGGUGAUGGAGCGUUUGGUGGCGGGACGCUGCUCCCCGGUGAGCGGGCGGCUGCGCUGGCCUGUGCCAGGAGGCUCCAGCCUGAGGGCCUGGCUGAGGUGGGUGCUGCGGGGGCCGCCGCCCUCCCCGCAGCCGCUGCCUGGUCCAGCUGCUCCGCUGGGAAGGCCGCUGGGGUGAUGUAAAUGGUGAGGGUGCCUGUGCAUUGCCAAUUAAACAGGGCUUAGACCCCAGACCUGCUGAGAGCCCACAGUAGCGAGGCACGUUCCUUUUUCUUGGUUGGUCUGUGGGGCUAAAAUCCAUCUCUGCUCUCAGAGCGGUGCUGUGUGACCGCAGGCUGUGGCUGCCUUGGAAGCUGCAGGGAGGGAACUUCCCCUUGGGCUCCUUUUCUGACGGGGAAUAGUGUGUCGAAGUGGGUGAAUGGGGUAAACUUAGAGGGAAAAUAAACCCGGAGUUUCAGCGAGUGGGUCACCCGGCUCCUGCCCUUCGUGUUCUGCAGCUCCGUGUCUGUAAACGAGAGCUGUGAGCAGAGUGGGGUGGGAGCCAGCCUUGCGGGCUUGGCAGCUGUGUCUGUAGUGCAUCUUCCUCCUAAUUAUAUUUCCUUCCUUCUCUGUUGGUCUUGGCUUCAUAUUGCAGAUCUGCUUGUGUACAAGGGACUUUCAAACAAAUGCUUUGCAGCUGAAACUAUCAAGAGAGUCAAACGAUUUUGGUUGCAGGUUCCCCGCUCCCCAAUGUGUCGGUAAGGCCACGCCGGAGUUCGUAACUGCUGGUGUCACCACCCUUCCAGCUGCAGGAGUGGGAUUUGGUGUAGCGCCGUUUCUUUAUUUGUUAUUAAAAAUGUACAUUUUAUGUAGUUCGGAAGGAAAAGUGGUACCCAAAACUAUUAGCUCCUUGACUUGGGACGCUGUGCUGCUACAACGGAGCGUGACUGUACUGAUGGCUGUUUGCAAACAAGCAAAUAAAUAGCAGCUGUAAACAGA